GCAAAGGAUAAGGACCGUUGGAUCAGGCUCUUCUCCCAGUUCUGUAACAAAACGGCCAAUGAAGAGGAGGAAAUAGUCCAUAAACUCCUGGGGGACAAGUUCAAGGGCCAACUGGAACUUCUGCGGAGACUCUUCACAGAGGCCCUUUAUGAGGAAACCCUCAGCCAGUGGUUCACUCCAGAAGGAUUCCGGUCUCUCUUUGCUCUUGUUGGGACCAAUGGCCAAGGAAUUGGGACCAGCUCUCUGAGCCAGUGGGUCCAUGCCUGUGAUGCUCUGGAGCUGAAGCCUCAGGACCGCGAGCAGCUGGAUGCCUUCAUUGACCAGCUGUACAAGGACAUCGAGGCAGCAACCGGCGAGUUUCUUAACUGUGAAGGAUCUGGCCUCUUUGUGCUUCAGAGCUGCUGCAACCACAGCUGUGUACCCAAUGCAGAGACCUCCUUUCCGGAAAACAACUUCCUUUUGCACGUCACUGCUCUGGAAGAUAUUAAGCCAGGAGAGGAAAUUUGUAUCAGCUACUUAGACUGCUGUCAGCGAGAACGCAGCCGCCACAGCCGCCACAAGAUCCUCAGGGAGAAUUAUCUGUUUGUGUGUUCCUGUCCCAAAUGCCUGGCAGAGGCUGAUCAACCCAAUGUGACCUCAGAGGAGGAGGAGGAAGAAGAGGAGGAGGAAGGAGAGCCAGAAGAUGCGGAGCUGGGGGAUGAGAUGACUGAUGAUUUUCACAGAGAAAUACUGAAGUCUUCCAGAAACCUAGAGGAACUGAGCUGGAUACUUGGAGAGUAGCCCAGCCUUGUGGGAAUUACAGCCUUCACUCCCAAUGCCUCCCUUUCCUGGAGGGGCCGCCACAUUCCCCUCGGAGGGAUCCCAGGAAGGGCAGGUGCUCACCCCAGGCCGUUUUCUGGACCAUGGAGCCAGAUGGCACCUGCCUGUCUGGCCCCCUCGCCCAUUGGAUUCUUAUUCCUUCACAGCAGCCAUCACCCCUCUCCUGCUCCCACUUGCCCACUGUUCUCAGUAAAAUGUGAGUGGUGACAGGC